AAAUAAUUAGUUCAACUAAUAAAAAAAUUCAUGCUAUAAAUGCGAAAUUGUUCCUGUCAAACUUAUUGAGAUAAUGGACAGGAGAAAUGCUAAAUUCCAAACUGAUAACCAAAUUUUCUUAGAGUUUUUUUCUUAAGUUGCCGACCAUGAUAAUUCGAUUUGUUAUUAACUGUCAAAAAUAUCAGUUUGUCAAUCAACUCAAAAUGGUUUGGUGCAGUGUUCCUAAUUGCAAUUUUAUUGCAAUAAUAAAACGAUAAUAGUAAGAUAAAAUGUGAAAAUAAUUAAUAUAUUAGGGAUUCCGUUACAGAAUGAUUGCAAUGGAGAAUAACAACACGAUGACUUUUGUUUGUGCGGAAUUAUCAUCAACAAUGUUUCAAAAGUUAUACGACCAAAAGAAAUCGAAUCGAUUUUGCGAUUUGACUCUUCAUGUAAACAAUAAGAUUAUAAAAGCGCACCGUAAUGUACUAGCAUGCAGUUCCCCGUAUUUCGAUUCGAUUUUAAAACAUCACAAAAUAAUUAGAGAACAAUUAAUAAUAAAAUGUUUAGAUAGUGAAAUUUUUAACACGAUUUUAAACUACAUGUACACUGGUGAAAUCACUAUAGAACACUCAAAUGUAGAGGAACUCCUCAAACUAGCUGAUCACUUUAUAAUAACCAAAGUAAUUGAAUAUUGUAUAGAGUUUCUUGGGACUAAACUGAAUCUAGACAAUUGUCUGUUUACUUAUUUUUUAACACAACGUUUCAAAUUAAAGCACUUAGGAAAUAUCGUUGAAAACUGGAUAAUGAGUCACAUUGAUGAAGUUUGUGAUGGUGAAGAAAUUAUUGGGUUAAAUGUCACCGAAUUACAGGAAUUUUUCAAAAAUAAGAGUUUUGUUCUUUCGACUGCAAGAGCUUUAAAUGUGCUUUCUCAAUGGGUGUUACAUAACGUUGAAAAACGCGAAUCACAAUUUGAUAAGUUGAUUAGAUGUUUCCAUACGAAUUCACUAGAACCUGCCGAGGUUUUCAAACAUUUGGACACUUGUAUUUUGUACAACAAAAGCGAGUUGUGCACGUACCGGUUUUUGGACUAUUUGGUCCAAAAUAAUUGGAUGCUUUCCAAUUUCAAGUCGAGAUAUGACAAUCUACAUGUUAAAUAUGGACAGAUGAUUUCUUGUAAUAAAAACGAUGAAGAAGACUCAAAGUCGGAUAAAAUCGUCGUGUCAGAAAAAAACGAUUCCAGCUCACUACAAAACAAUUUCAGUUCAGUGUUAGUUAAAGCGAAAUUACGCAACAAGAAACAACUUAUCCUAAAAAGACUGAUGUUAUUUGGUUUAAAACCUAGUCUAAGAAUGGCAGCUUUAAAAAUGUUAACUUCAAAAAAGAAAGUUUUGCCUUUGAUCGAUUCAGGUCAGGAAGAAGAAGAAGACAAUGACGAAAAAAUGGACAUCAAAUGCCCGAUUUGUUUCACAAUAAUCAAUGAUAGUCUUCUGCUUGAGCAACAUUUGGCUCUAAGUCAUGCAAAAGAUGUGACUUAUAAGUGCGGCAUUUGUUCUUUCGUAUGUCAGUACCACGGCGAUUAUUUGAAUCAUAUGAAAAGCCAUUUUUCGGGGCCACCCUAUAAAUGCGACUACUGUGACACUACAACUGAUCAAAUUUCCAAACUGAUCUCUCAUCGUGCCCAACACUUGGAAGAAUCCGUUUACCAGUGCACAUUUUGCUCCUUCAAAUGUCGCCUCAAGCAAAACUUCGUCUCUCAUUUAAAAAUCCACACCCCCGAGAAGAACUUCAAAUGCGACCACUGCACGAAAUCCUUCCGUUUCAAGCAAAACCUCGAAACGCACAUGCUGACCCACACCACCGACAAAAACCUAACGUGCGAGUCGUGCGGUUUUCACACGAAAUUUCUAAGUCACAUGAUCGCUCAUAAGCGCAUCCACGCAGUUUUUUCUCCAGGAGAUAUCUAUCGCUGUUCUUACCCUCAUUGUAAAUACUCAACGGCGAAAAAGAACCAAUUAGCGAGUCACGCCAAGAGCCACAAUGGGGUCAGACCGCAUUCGUGUGGGAUUUGCGGGCGGGGGUUUAUGGAGAAGUCGCAUUUGGUGAGGCACGAACGAAUUCACUUGGAGGAGAAGCCGUUCAAGUGCUCGAAUUGCGAUUACGCGAGCUCGAGGAGGGAUAAAUUGAAGGAACAUUUUACAAGACAUCAUGGGGAGAAUGCUUCGGCGAAGGUGCCCUACAAGGCCCGCCCGAUGCGGAAUAACUCAACGCGCCCCAAAUCACAGGCUUCACAGGAAGCCACCACGACCACUUCGAAUAAUGCCAAUAAUAAUAAUAACAACGUAAAUUUCACUCAAACUAAUAGUAGCACCACUAGUACCGGAACCGGAGUAAGUCAACCAAUAGGCAACGAAAUACAAGACUUGAUAAUGCAUCAUCAGAACCAUUCUGCAACGUCUUCUGCGACAAAUUUAUCAGCGAUUAAUUCGAAUUAUCAUCAUUUCGGCGAUCCAACUGAUUUUCAUCACCACAAUCACGCACAUAAUAUACAUAAUCAGAUUUUAGCUUCUGGACAUAAUCAAAGAUCGGCUACACAACAUCAUAAUAACAAUAUUGUUAAUCAUCAUAUGUUGGCAAGGACUAAUCAUUCCACGGCUACUUCGACCGCUGCCGCUGUCGCUGCUGCUAUGAUGCUUGACCCCAGGUUUCACCACAAUACUUCCGUGCCCUACCACCCAACCACAACCCCAGUCUCAAUGGCAAUGGCUGCUGUUCAAUCAUCACAACAAAUCCAGGCAUCGGGACAACAUUCCGAAUAUCCUCCUUCUCUCCAGAACUGCAUGACACUAUUCUAGUCUGAAUAAUUGUGAUUCCUAUUUUGUUAUCUCAUCAGUAUUUGUUGAUCUACAUAAAUGUUGUAACCUUUUUUGUUGAUUUAUUAGCCAAUUUUUGUUGAUUUAUUUUAAUAGUUUUUAUAAUUAUAUUAUGCACUAAAAAGUAAUAAAUAAGGUGUAUCGUC